AUGGCCCCUCCAAAUGCCCAGCGUGCCCCGGAUUUCUCAGAAACGAAGUUUGCAGCUGUACUGCAGGGGCUGCGUUCAUCCAUGAGGGCAGACUUCCAGACUGCUGUGGAAGACAUACGGAAGGAGGUACAUGAUAUUGGUGUGCGCAUGGGUGCCCUUGAGGAAUGCACUGAUAAAUUAUGCCUGGCCAACAACAAGGUAGUGGACAAGAUCCACAAAAUGGAAGUUGACCAUAAGCGCCUUGUGGACAAGUGCUAA